ACCAGCAUCUAAUAAUGCCUUAUUAGAAGCGUCAAUUGUCGGCAUAUUCCUGCAGGUAAGAGUAAUCAAUUCAAGGAGCUAGCUGGGAAAGGCUUCCAAAGUGACUCAAAUGUGUCUUCUUGCCAUAGUCCUUGUUGUGAUGCGCUUGACUGGAGCUUUAGCUCAGUCAGGGUGCACCAGCGAGCUCACCAGCUUGUAUCCCUGUCUAAGUUACGUCACCGGAAGUUCAUCUAAGCCGAGCUCGACCUGCUGUUCACAGCUUGCUGGCGUCGUGUCAUCAAAGCCGCAGUGCCUCUGCUUACUUCUAAAUGGUGGUGGAUCCUCCGUGGGUAUCAACAUCAAUCAAACUCUGGCUCUCUCGUUGCCUGGUGCUUGUCAGGUGCAAACUCUCCCAAGCAGCAAAUGCAACGCAGCUGGAAAUGUACCAACUUCUUCAACCGCUACACCAGCAACUUCUCCUCCAGCAGAACCGUCAAAAGGAUCACCUGACACUCCGAAGAUACCAUCAGUGUCAGAUACUCCAGCAGGAAACGGGUCGAAAACAGUCCCUGCGACAGACGGUUCAACAUCUGCCGGAAGCAACAUUAAUGCCUCAUUCCCACUUAUAGCUCUCUUUCUCUUCGUUGCGUCCUGCGUUCUAUCUGGAGCAGGGUUCUGAACAUUAAUUGGACAAUGCCUUGAAUUGUAGGUGACGAUUAGUAUCGUAAUAAUGUCUCCUUUCUCUGCCAUGAAGGAACAGAAGACCAUUGAUUCCAUAUUCUUUCUUCAUCGUGUUCAAUUCUUGGAGUGACGGUGAUUGGCCUAGUGUGUGUGUGUGCGUGUGUUUUUAAUACAUAUAAAAAAAAUCUGCUUUUGGGAUUUGAUUUAGUAGGAGUCGGAUGGCUACUGCUGUACCUGGAUUAAUUAUUUAUGAAA